GGGCAGCGUGCGGGCGGGCGGGCGGCCAUGGCGCGGCGCGCGGGGAGGUAGCGGGGCGGCCGCAGGAGCGCACGGUCGGCCAUGGCCCGGCGGCGGCGCCGCGCCUGCAUAGCUCUGUUCCUGGUGCUGCUCUUCGCCUUCGGCACCCUCAUGGGCCUGCGCACGCUCAAGGCUCCGGACGGACUCCCGGCGCUGGGCCCGGGCCUGGAGCUGGCGCCCUUUGAGCGACGCCCGGAGGCGGCCCCAGCGCCCGCUGCCCGGGCCCCGGCAGCCCCUGCCGCGCCGCCCCCGCCGCCGCCGCCGCCCCGCACCGCGGACCCUGGCGGCUCCCCUGGGCCGGCACCCGCGGAGGCCGAGCCCGCCCCCGGGCAGAGCCUGAGCAUCUACUCGGACCUGCACGCCUUCUACUACUCGUGGUACGGGAGCCCGCGGCGCGAGGGCCACUACAUUCACUGGGACCACGUCAUGGUGCCGCACUGGGACCCCAAGAUCUCGGCCAGCUACCCCCGCGGCCGCCACAGCCCCCCAGACGACUUGGGAUCCAGCUUCUACCCAGAGCUGGGGCCCUACAGCUCCCGGGACCCCGAAGUGCUGCGGGAGCACAUGACCCAGCUCAAGGAAGCCGCCAUCGGCGUCCUGGUCCUGUCCUGGUACCCACCUGGCAUGGCUGAUGAUAACGGAGAGCCCUCGGAUGACCUGGUGCCCGCCAUUCUGGACACCGCCCAUCAGUACAGCAUCCAGGUGGCCUUCCACAUCCAACCCUACAAGGGCCGGGAUGACAUCACUGUACACGACAACAUCAAGUACAUCAUUGACACGUAUGGCUCCCAUGGUGCAUUUUACCGCUAUAAGAACAGCAUGGGGAAGAGCCUCCCACUCUUUUAUAUCUACGACUCAUACCUGACGUCCCCUGAGGCCUGGGCCCACCUCCUGACACCAAACGGGCCCCACUCGAUCCGCAACACGCCCUAUGAUGGGGUCUUCAUAGCGCUGCUGGUGGAGGAGGGUCACACCCACGACAUCCUGGCCGCCGGAUUUGACGGCAUGUACACCUACUUUGCCUCCAAUGGUUUCUCCUUUGGUUCUUCCCAUCAGAACUGGAAAGCUGUGAAGAACUUUUGUGAUGCCAACAACCUCAUGUUCAUCCCCAGUGUGGGGCCUGGCUACAUAGACACCAGCAUUCGGCCCUGGAACAACCACAAUACGCGCAACAGGGUCAAUGGCAAGUACUAUGAGACGGCCCUGCAGGCGGCCCUGACGGUGAGGCCCGAGAUCGUCUCCAUCACCUCCUUCAAUGAGUGGCACGAGGGCACCCAGAUUGAGAAGGCCAUUCCCAAGAAGACACCCACCCGCCUGUAUUUGGACUACCUGCCUCACCAGCCCAGCCUGUACCUGGAGCUGACCCGCCGCUGGGCAGAGCACUUCAUCAAAGAGAAGGAGCAGUGGCUCAUGUGAGGGGCCUGUAAACAGGGGCAUGAGGUGCUGAUGUCCUUGCCUUGCUGGAAGAUGUCACCACGUGGGGUUCAGCUGAGGUUGUAGGCACUCACUCAUUCCCAGGUCAGAGGUCAGCAGCUAGGUGCUUCUGGGUGGGCUGUCAGGCCUGGGCCUGUGCAGCACACAGACCAUUCCUCAGGCGAGUGGUGCUGGGGUGCUCUGCGGUGAUGGGAAUGGCAGAGGCUGGCAGGUGACUGAACUUAGCCCAGGGCAGCUCCACAUCCUGGGAACACUUUCAUGUAACCCCUUCUAAUUUUGAACUCUGCAGCAGGCUGGUGCUGUGUAGUGGCCACCCACUCACCACCCUUGGAAGGGUGUCAGGGUCUGGGCUCGCAUGCGCCCUGCUUCCUUCUGCCAGUCUGUGUCCUCUCCUCAGGCCUCCUUCUCACAUCAUCUGUCUUCUCUAAGUUAGGGAACCAUAUUUGAGACUUUCAAAAAGGGAACUUCUAGGUUUAAGCUCCUCCCAGUAGAUUCCUGAACCCAAUUAUCAGGAAAUCAUCCUGAGCACUCACAGGUUCACAUAACACUCACUCAUCAAGCACCUUCCUAUGUGCUAGGUGCUGGGGAAAACCUGACCAAGGAAGAGUUCCUGUCCUGAAGCUUCCAGGACCCAGCUUUCCUUAUCUGGUGUGGCCUUGUAGCUAGUGCCUGGGCACAGUUGUUUUUCUUUUUGCAGUUUUACCUAGUGCUGGGAAUUCAGUUCUUUCUCCUCUAAAAAAAUACCUCUGUGCUCCAGAGCCUCAUUUUUCCCAGAUGCAUAUUUAGCUCCAGGGAGAGGACUAGGAGGAAACGCCCCUCCCUUUAGCUGCCUGAACUGACUGAGGCCCACUCACUAGAGCCAUGUUCAGUGCUACUGUGAUUUGUAGUAAUUAAAUAUGAACUGGUAUUCUCAAGUAA